AUGAAAACGUUAUACUUCAUUCAAGGUGUGGCAGACUGGCUGUCGGUCACGUGGGCGCAGGGCGGUAUGCUGCAGCCGGACGCCGCCGACACAACAGACAUACACUCCGCCAAGGGCCGGUGUGGGCGGGCUGGAAGCCUUGCAGCAACUCCCGGUGAAAAGCUGAUGGAACUGCUUCGACCAAGCACUGGUACUCCCAGGAGGCACUCUACAGCAGCAUGCGCGCCGCAGCCACCACGACCCUCGGGCUUCGUCUAUUGCCCCUCAGACGCGCUGCCUUAUUGCCCUCCAUCAAGAAUAGCUCCACCUAGGCCGGUGCUAAAGUUGCAACCUCCACCACAGAUACAAGUACCGCCGCCACAGCCGCAACCACCACCGGUACCACAACGCACAGCCCCAGUUGCUCCUGUACCACUGCCUGUUCCGCCACCAGCCCCUCCCCGCCGUUCGUCCCCGCAGCCACCCCGACGUGUACCCCCGCCGACGCCACCACGCCCCCCCGCCACUAGUCCAGCAAACACAGUGACCGAUCCCAACGGCAAUCGCCGCACCAUCGUUCCUAUUCCUCCUCAGCCUAGGCUCGAUUGCAACAGAAACCCUCAACCUCCCGUCCCGCGAAGACCACCCCAAAAAAUGCCUGACACACCGUACACGCCUCCUCAAAACCAGACUAUGAAACGUUCACCCAGCUCUGGAUCAAAUAUUAGCGUGCGGCAAGACUCUAACGUAUCAUCAGAUUCUUUUAGCCAGACAUCCUCACCCUCAUACACUACGAAGACGAUGGAAGCACCUCUGUUGCCACAUCAACACGUAAACAAGAGUUUGAACGCAAAGAUUGCGAGAGGAUUACUCUUGAAAGAGCAGCAAGAAAAGGAAUCAGGAAAUUCGUCCAUCACGAAAAGCAUGUCGACACCAGCCUCGCUUCAGACGAUCGUCAGAUUUCAGAAUGGGAGCAACAUGUCUUUACAUCAUCGGGGUUAUAUUGCUAGAUUGUGCUUCCAACAAAAUCCUCCUGAUUUCUAUUUGGAGGAGAAUUCUAUUGUUAGGAAGCCGGAACUUGAAUACCCUUCGAGCCGAUGCCAUGAUUGA